AUGAGUGGUGGCGAUGAUAACUUUUCGCGUCGUGCAGCCGGUGCAGCUCUGCCACUCAUGGGGGUGGAGCGAGGGGGUGGUGGCGGGGGUGGCGCGGGCGCAGGCGGUGCGGAAGCGGCGCUCAAUGGCGCCGACGAGCCGCCCCGCAAGCGCCCCAAGCUCCUGUCCGAAGAUGCGCACACAUUGCGCAAGCGGAUACUCGAGUACAAGUUGCUGCGACUGAAGAACCUGCGUGAAAGGUUCACGGAGCAACUGAGCGAGCUGUACUUCCUGCAGGCGGGUGGCAACAUGAUGGAUUACGCGGCGUGGCGCAAGCGGCCGCCUGCACCGCAGCUCGUCGCGUUCCUCGAGGCGCGACGCCCGCCGCCCGCGGCCCCGCCGCCGCCCGAACCUCCGCCCGCCCCCACGCCGCCGCCCGCACCCGCACCAGCGCCGCCUCCCGCCGAGGCGCCUGUGCUUGCACUCGCGCCCCCUUCGGCACCAUCAGUGGCGCCCGUUCCCGCGCCUGCACCGGUUCAUGCGCCGUCACCCGUCGCAGAGCCGACCACGUCCACCUCACCAGCGAAGGCCACCGCUUCCGCGUCCGCGUCAGCCGCGGACGAGAUGGUUGAGAAGGCCAAGCAGGAGGCGUACGUGGCGGCGCGAGUGGCCGAGCUGGCGCGCGCCGGCCUGUGGACGGAGCGUCGCCUUCCGCGCGUGCUGGAGCCGCCGCGCCCGAAGACCCACUGGGAUUACUUGCUCGAGGAAAUGGCCUGGCUCGCCCAAGAUUUUGCACACGAGCGCAAGUGGAAGAAGCAAGCCGCCAAAAAGUGUGCAAGGGCGGUACAAAAAUAUUUCCAAGACAAAGCUCUCGCCGCACAGAAGGCUGAAAAAGCACAAGAACUACAGCUGAAAAAAAUUGCAGCAUUCGCGGCUAAAGAAAUUCGAACAUUCUGGUCUAAUGUUGAAAAAUUGGUAGAAUGGAAACGAGUGCGGCGUGUAGAGCGUGCGCGAAAGGAAGCCCUAGAUGAACAACUGAGCUACAUUGUGGACCGCACGGAACGCUACUCGCGGCAGCUGGCCGCCAACCUGAACCGCACGGCGGAUACGCGGGCCGCGCCCGACACGCCGCCCUCCGACGACGAGUUCCAGCCGCGCGGCUGCUCCGACGACGACGAGGAGACCAUCGCGGCCGCCGAGCGCGAGGCGGCGCACGACGCCGCCGACCACCGCGACGAGCUGGAGGCGCUGCGCCGCGAGUCGCACCUCGACCUGGGCGAUCUGCUGCCGCCCGGCUACGUCCCCGCGCACUCGCCGCCGCCUUCCGACUAUGGCCCCGACGACGACUCCGCCGACGACGAGGACACCAUUGCCGAACAGGAGCGCGCCGAGCGUCCCGAGGACACGGCGGCGGAGGUCGCCGCCCUGCAGGACGAGGCGGAACUCGGCCUCGACGAACUUUUGAAACGCUAUGCCGGCCCGCCUCCUGACCGGACCGUCGACGACACCGACGCUUCUACCGUCACCGAGGUCGACGGCGACACGGACGACGACAAAAAUGACGAGGACAACGAUGACGAGGAAGAGGACGAUUCUGAUGAUGAUACUCAAAGUACGAUGUCCGAUGAGACGUCUACGUCGGAGGCGCUCGAGGCGCUCAUGGAAACCGAACCGAGCAUCGGAGUCGAAGGUGAACAAAAAGAGAAGAGCUCGGAGGUGGGGACGGAGGCGGGGGUGAAGGCGGAGGCGGGCGAGCAGAAGGUGGAGGCGGCGGCGUCGCUGGCCGCGUCGCUGCAGCCCACCGGCACCACGCUGUCGGAGACGGCCGUGGGCACGCCGGUGCCGCGCCUGCUGCGCCACGCGCUGCGCGAGUACCAGCACGUGGGCCUGCACUGGCUGGCCACCAUGUACGCGCGGGGCCUCAACGGCAUCCUGGCCGACGAGAUGGGGCUGGGCAAAACCAUCCAGACCAUAGCGCUGCUGGCGCAUCUGGCGCUCGAGCAUCGCGACUGGGGCCCGCACCUCGUGGUGGCGCCCACCUCAGUUGUGCUCAACUGGGAGAUGGAGUUCAAGAAGUGGUGCCCUGCCUUCAAGAUUCUCACCUAUUAUGGGACGAUAAAAGAGAGAAAGUUGAAACGUGUUGGGUGGACGAAAGCAAACUCUUUUCAUGUGUGUAUAACUUCUUAUAAGUUAGUAGUGCAGGACCAUCAAAGUUUUCGUAGAAAAAAGUGGAAAUACCUUAUUCUUGAUGAAGCUCAGAACAUUAAAAACUUCAAAUCACAAAGGUGGCAGAUGUUACUAAAUUUUCAAACAGAAAGGCGGCUGCUACUGACGGGCACGCCGCUGCAGAACAGCCUGCUGGAGCUAUGGUCGCUCAUGCACUUCUUGAUGCCCGACGUGUUUGCAUCGCAUUCGGAGUUCCGGGAGUGGUUCAGCCCAGUAGCCGGCAUUGCGGAGGGCUCUCAGUGCUACAACGAUGCACUGGUGCGGCGGCUGCACGAGGUGCUGCGGCCGUUCCUGCUGCGGCGCCUGAAGGCGGACGUGGAGCGCCAGAUGCCGCGCAAGUACGAGCACGUGCUCAUGUGCCGCCUCGCCAAGCGCCAGCGCUUCCUCUACGACGACUUCAUGGCGCGCGCGAAGACGAAAGAGAGCCUCGCGUCGGGCAACCUGCUGAGCGUGAUCAACGUGCUGAUGCAGCUGCGCAAGGUGUGCAACCACCCGGACCUGUUCGAGGCGCGCGCGGUGAGCUCGCCGCUGCAGCUGGGCGCGCUGCAGCUGGCGGUGGCGGCGCGCGUGCUGGGCGCGGGCGCGGGCGCCUGGCGCGCGCUGCGGGCGGCGGCGCGCCUCGGCGGCGAGCUGGCGGCGCGCGAGGCCGCCGCGCCCGGCGCCUUCGCCGCGCACCGCGCGCGCCACCUGGCGCCGCCGCGCCGCGCCAUCGAGCAGCUAGAUCACGCACCGCCCGCAGCACCGCGUCCGCCGGCGUGCGCGCUGCGGCUCCACUUGCGGCUGGUGGCGCGCGCGCCGCCGGCCGCGGCCGGGCCCGCGCCGGCGCCGGCGCCGCGCGCGCCGCCCGCCGCCGCCCGCUCGCCGCCGGCCGCCCCGCGCGCCGCGCCGCCCGCCGCGCCGCCCGCCGCCCGCGGCGCCAGCGCGCGCGCGGCCGCCUGGCGCCGCGCCUCGCUGCGCCGCCUGGCCGCCUGCAACGAGCGGCGCUGCUGGCACCUGCCGCUGUACGGCGCCGACCUGCGCGCCGCCGUGCACGUGGGCCCGCCAGCGCUGCCGCCGCGCGACCUCGCCGACGUGCUGCACGACAUGCACGACAUCAUCGACAGGUUCAGCGUGUGCUGCAUGGGCGCGCGCGCGGCGUGCUGCGAGGUGCGGUGCCGCGGCGGCGGAGCCGAGUGGCGCGCGUGGCGCCGGCGCGUCGCCGCCGCCGAGCGCGCCGCCGCCGCGCCCGCGCGCGCCGCGCUCGCCGCGCUGCACGCGCCCGCCGCGCGCCAGGCCGUCGCCUUCCCGCACCCGCGCCUGCUGCAGUACGACUGCGGUCAGUGCACCCUGCACACGCUCACACUGCACACACACAGACACAGUGGCGCGCGUGGCGCCGGCGCGUCGCCGCCGCCGAGCGCGCCGCCGCCGCGCCCGCGCGCGCCGCGCUCGCCGCGCUGCACGCGCCCGCCGCGCGCCAGGCCGUCGCCUUCCCGCACCCGCGCCUGCUGCAGUACGACUGCGGUCAGUGCACCCUGCACACGCUCACACUGCACACACACAGACACAGUGGCGCGCGUGGCGCCGGCGCGUCGCCGCCGCCGAGCGCGCCGCCGCCGCGCCCGCGCGCGCCGCGCUCGCCGCGCUGCACGCGCCCGCCGCGCGCCAGGCCGUCGCCUUCCCGCACCCGCGCCUGCUGCAGUACGACUGCGGUCAGUGCACCCUGCACACGCUCACACUGCACACACACAGACACAGUGGCGCGCGUGGCGCCGGCGCGUCGCCGCCGCCGAGCGCGCCGCCGCCGCGCCCGCGCGCGCCGCGCUCGCCGCGCUGCACGCGCCCGCCGCGCGCCAGGCCGUCGCCUUCCCGCACCCGCGCCUGCUGCAGUACGACUGCGGUCAGUGCACCCUGCACACGCUCACACUGCACACACACAGACACAGUGGCGCGCGUGGCGCCGGCGCGUCGCCGCCGCCGAGCGCGCCGCCGCCGCGCCCGCGCGCGCCGCGCUCGCCGCGCUGCACGCGCCCGCCGCGCGCCAGGCCGUCGCCUUCCCGCACCCGCGCCUGCUGCAGUACGACUGCGGUCAGUGCACCCUGCACACGCUCACACUGCACACACACAGACACAGUGGCGCGCGUGGCGCCGGCGCGUCGCCGCCGCCGAGCGCGCCGCCGCCGCGCCCGCGCGCGCCGCGCUCGCCGCGCUGCACGCGCCCGCCGCGCGCCAGGCCGUCGCCUUCCCGCACCCGCGCCUGCUGCAGUACGACUGCGGUCAGUGCACCCUGCACACGCUCACACUGCACACACACAGACACAGUGGCGCGCGUGGCGCCGGCGCGUCGCCGCCGCCGAGCGCGCCGCCGCCGCGCCCGCGCGCGCCGCGCUCGCCGCGCUGCACGCGCCCGCCGCGCGCCAGGCCGUCGCCUUCCCGCACCCGCGCCUGCUGCAGUACGACUGCGGUAAGCUGCAGACACUGGAUGCGCUGCUGCGGCGACUGAAAGCGGGUGGGCACCGCGUGCUCAUCUUCACGCAGAUGACGCGUGUGCUGGACGUGCUGGAGGCGUUCCUGUGCAUGCACGGCCAUGCCUAUCUGCGGCUAGACGGCGCCACGCGCGUCGAGCAGCGCCAGCUGCUGGUGGACCGCUUCAACGCAGACGCGCGCCUCUUCGCCUUUAUCCUGUCCACGCGCAGCGGUGGUGUGGGCCUCAACCUGACGGGCGCCGACUGUGUCGUGUUCUACGACUCGGACUGGAACCCCACCAUGGACGCGCAAGCGCAGGACCGCUGCCACCGCAUCGGGCAGACGCGCGACGUGCACGUGUUUCGCCUCGUCACCGCCGCCACCGUCGAGGAGAACAUUCUGCGCAAAGCAGAGCAGAAGCGCAUGCUGGGCCAUCUCGCCAUCGAGGACGGCCAUUUCACCACCUCUUACCUGCGCCUCUCGAACAUCAAAGAGUUGUUCGGCGGCGAAGCGGGCGAGGCGGGCGAGUCAAACGAGGCGAGUGAAGCUGGCGAAGCUGGGGAAGCGGGCGGAGAGCUGGAGAGCGCGCUGGCGGCGGCCGAGGACGAGGCGGACGCGGCGGCGGCGCGAGCGGCGCGCGCCGAGGCGCAGGGCGAGCUGGCCGAGUUCGACGACGCGCCGCCCGACGCCCCGCCGCACGCCCCGCCGCACGCCGCGCCGCCCGCCCGCACCGCGCGCCCGCCGGACGACGCGCGCAGCGCGGAGCUGGCCGAGCUCGCCGCGCUCAUGAACCAGCUGACGCCUAUAGAGAAGUACGCGAUGCGGCUGGUGGAGAGCAGCGAGGCGGCGACGGAGGCGGAGCGCGCGGCGCUCGGCGAGAUGCGGCGCCAGCUGCGCGAGUGGGAGCGCGCGCGCCGGGCGCUGCGCGACGAGCCCGAGCCCGCGCCCGCGCCCGAGCCCGAGCCCGAGCCCGAGCUCACGUACUGCCGCAGCGACGCGCGCGUCAAGGUAUGGGUGAACGGUUCUGGUGCUCCGGAGAAGAUGCCGAUGUGGUGUCCUCCGACGCCGCCGUCGAGCGAGGGCGACGUAUACUGCGAGAGCUGGGCGCGCGCGCUGUACCGGCGCGGCGCGGCCGCCGAGGCGCUGCUGCCCGCCGUGGCGCGGCGCGCGGGCGACGCGCGGACUGCGCGCGAGCCGCGCCGCCUCCGCGUGGCGCCGCGCUCCGCGCCCGCACCGCCCUCGCUGUUCGCGCGCUGCGGCGCCGGCGCCCGCGCCCGGCCGCGCGCGCGCCCGCCGCCGCCGCACCGCGACGCGCCGCAGCCCGAGUGGGCGGCCGGCGAGGACGCGGCGCUGCGGCGCGCACUGCGCCUGCAGCGCCUGCCGCCCGAGCCGCCCGCCACGCACGCCGCGCACGCAGCCCUCGCGCCCAACUGGGACUGGGCCGCCGACCUGGUGAACGAGGCGGCGCGCUGCUACCGGUCGCCGCGCGCCUGCCGCGACCGCCACGACGCGCUCGCCGACCCGGAGCGCGAGCGCGCGCGCCGCAAGCACCGCAAGCCGGCGCCGGCGCGCCGCCGCCAGGACGACGACGCGCCGCGCCCGCCGCUGCCGCGACUCGACGCCAUGCGCGACGCCGCCGAACGCCGCCGCGCCGCGCCCAAGCGCCGCCUCGACGACGCCGCGCACCGCAACCCCAAGCACCACGCGCUGCUCGCCGACCACGGCGUCGACUACGAUGCGCCGCCCACGCCCAUGGAGGUGGCCACGCGCCGCGCCGAGCGCAUCGCCAAGGAGAAGAUGAAGGCGGGCGCCGCGGCGAGCGCCGCCGCGCCGCAGCCCGCUCCCGCCGCGCCCCAGCGCAUUGUGGUCGCGGCGGGCGGCCCGUCGGCCGCGGCCACGGUGGCGGUGAGCGCCGCGAGCGGGACGGCGGCAGCCAAGGCAGACGCGGCGAGACGCACACCAACCGCCGGUAGCCAGCUACUAUACCGGCAACAGGCGCUAGCUGCACGCCACCACCUCAAGAUCCUGCACCACGCCGCCGUACCGCACGCACAGGGCGCGGCGAGCGGCGGUGGAGGGAGCGGCGGAGGCGGCGGUGGCGGCGGCGAGGGCGCGGCGCUGCGCGCGCUGCAGCUGCAGCAGCUGGCGCUGCGCCGCGCCGCGCCCGCGCGCCCGCACCUGGUGCUGGCGCAGCUCGCGCACGCGCCGCCCGCGCAGCCCGCGCCCGCCGCGCCGCCCGCGCCCCCGCCGGCGCCGCGGCUCCCGCACUCUGACGCCCAUCAACAAUAA